ACAGAGGAGCUGUUCUCCUCAUUUCCCACACGCUGGAAAUCAGCUGAGUGUCGAAGGAGUCUUGCUAUGCGAUUCUGCAAGUUUCUGAAACAGACGUGUGAUGCAAACAUUUGCUGUCACUGUCAUUACCACUAUCAACUGGUCUCUCUCCUCACUGUUUAUCCUCAUACCAGGCACAUCUCACCCACCUCGGCUCUCUGCAGGUAUGCAGUGUCUGUUUGUCCUCUGGCUGUUGUUGUGGUCGCUGCCCCCGACCCUCCCCUGCACCACCGGGAAUCCAGCGGAAUGCCAAAAAGCUCGUCUAGUUCCUGGGUCAAAUCUGGCAGGUGAGGGGUUUGAUGUAGUUACCAUGCAGCGCAAGCAAGCCUAUGUCAUCGAUGUGGAGACCUGGAAGAUUAAACCCAACAAAACCUGCACUCUGUGCACUAACCCCUACAUGGGGGGUGAGGUCCAGAAGGUGCCGCUGGCUCUGGUGGACUGGCGGGUGCUGCCCCACUGCAAGCUGCAGGUCUCCAGUGUUGUGUACGAGUCCAGUGAGCAUUUCGUGGAAAGCACUGAGAGUAAUAUGGAAGCCAGCUGGAAGAUUGGUCUCCACCUCCCAUCGUCUUCAUCUGUUAUGAUGGGGGGUACACACUCAAAGCUGGCAAAGAUGGCCAUGGACAAGUCCAAGAUGGACAAAUACAGUUUCAUCAAGCAGGAUGUGCGCUGUGCCUACUACAGUUACCGGCUGAAAAAGGAUCCUCCUCUGCACCCUGAGUUUACGCAAAGCCUCCAGCACCUCCCUGCUACGUACAGCAACAGCACCAAGGCAGAGUAUCGCCGCUUGUUGGACACCUAUGGGACACACUUCAUCAAGAAGGUGAAGCUGGGUGGUCGUGUGAGCAGUGUUACCUCACUGCGGCUGUGUGAAGCGGCGCUGAGCCACUACACUGAGACUGAGGUGAAGGACUGCCUGGAGGCCGAGGCCUCCGUCAAAAUAAAAGUUGUUCGGGUCUCUCCCUCUGUAAAAUUCUGCAAAGCCGACCUCAAGCAACGAGAUGCUAGGGACACAUUCUCCAGCCAGUUCCACGACAGAGUGACUGAGGUGGAAGGUGGUGAGGCUGGAGUUCCUGAUCUGUUGUUUUCAGACAUGCCUAAUGUUUUCAACGACUGGACCGACAGCCUGAAGAAAAUCCCUGGGGUCGUCAGCUACUCUUUGGACCCACUGCACCUGCUGGUGCACACUUCUCAGUCAAAGAAAGAGGGGCUGAAGAAGGCUAUAGAAGACUACAUCCUGGAGAAUGCUCUGUACAAGCACUGCUCUGGAAAGUGCUCUGGAGGCUCCAAACCCAGCUCACAUGAUUGCUGCAACUGUGUCUGUAACCCCAGUCAGUACAUAACCAGCCAUUGCUGCUCAGCUAAUGCAGGUCUGGCCCAACUCACUGUCAAGGUGUUGCGAGCAACAGGCUUGUGGGGGGACACCUUUAGUGGAACUGAUGGAUUUGUGAAGAUAAGCUUUGGAGGAAAAUCUGCCCAGACUGGUGUUAUUUAUAAUAACAAUAACCCAGAGUGGAAAACCGAGUUCCCACUGGACAUGGUGACACUCUCACUGGGGACGGAGCUGAAGCUGGAGGUGUGGGACGAAGACAAGGACUGGUACAAGUGGUGGAAUGACAACCUGGGAGAGUGCAAGGUCUCCCCUGAAAGUGGCUCCCACAGUGGUAUCUGCCCACUGAACCAUGGCACUCUUUACUACUCUUAUACAGUUGAAUGUGCUCCUGGACUUGGAGGAACGACGUGCCGCAACUACAUUCCUGCUCCCAUGAGCGCCAGCCUGGCCCCUCUGUACACCUCCAGGAAUGCCGUCAAUGUCACUGCCAGUCUCCUGACGCACCUCAGAAUGGGCCAUCCUGUUGUUGAUCCUCUGCUUUUCCUGGGCCCACCAAAAUGGAAAAACACCAGCACAGCUCAAGCUUUGGCAGAUGAAACUCAUAUUAAAGCCUUCCCUGAGCUCUAGUGAAGCACGUAGUGUAUCACACAUGAAAUAUUUGCCUGUUUUUGCGAGUUAUUGUGCUGUUUCCUUAAUGUAUAUUUUCUUACUUAAGGGAGAAUUUCAUUCACUCGAUCUCCUUCACUUCCACAGAAAUUGUAUUACCUGAUAUUCUUUCCACUCUCAGUGGGAAACAUGUAUUACAUGUUCUUGAUGAUAUUUUAUCAAUCGAUGUAUUGAUGAAAUUAUGUUUGUUACCUUUUAAUUGCCUUGCUAAAUCAUCAUAUGUAACUCAAUGGAAGAUGAAAUGCUACAAAAAUAAAGAGCUUGUCUUGCUUUGG